AUGGUGAGCCACAUCGGUGUCCUGUUGUCUGAACCGCCUGGUACAGGAAAAACUUUACUGGCUAGAGCUGUGGUCCAUCAUACUGAUUGUACUUUCAUCAGGGUUUCUGGUUCUGAAUUAGUUCAGAAAUACAUUGGAGAAGGCUCUCGAAUGGUUAGAGAACUUUUUGUUAUGGCCAGGGAGCAUGCUCCAUCAAUCAUAUUUAUGGAUGAGAUAGAUAGUAUUGGAUCUGCACAAAUGGAAUCUGGAAGUGGCAAUGGUGAUAGUGAGGUGCAGAGGACCAUGUUGGAGCUUCUCAACCAGCUUGAUGGAUUCGAAGCAUCUAACAAGAUCAAGGUUCUGAUGGCUACAAAUCGGAUUGGUAUCUUGGAUCAAGCACUUCUUAGGCCAGGACGAAUUGACAGGAAGAUUGAGUUUCCAAAUCCGAAUGAGGAGUCUCGUCAGGACAUCCUAAAAAUUCAUUCUAGAAGAAUGAAUUUGAUGCGGGGGGUUGAUCUAAAGAAGAUCACGGAGAAGAUGAACGGUGCUUCUGGUACAGAGCUUAAGGCCGUUUGCACAGAAGCAGGGAUGUUUGCUUUGAGGGAAAGGAGAGUCCAUGUAACACAGGAAGAUUUCGAGAUGGCUGUGGCGAAGGUGAUGAAGAAGGAGACUGAGAAAAACAUGUCCUUACGAAAACUAUGGAAGUGAAUAAUGUUUUUUUUUGUCAUUGUUGUGCUUUGCUCUACUCGUUUGGGGGGAAAAUGGAACAUGUAAUUCCAGAUUUAUAUAGUGACAAUGUAAACUGUAAGGCUGAUUUCUUUGACAAGGCUGCCUAAGAGAUUUGCAUGUAGAAGACUUGAAUUUCAUGAACAACUUAGAUUUGUUUGU